AGCAGCUGCUUCAUGAUGGACUCCAUUUCUAGACCAGUUACUGAGUUUUGCCUUGAUCUCUACAAAAAGCUCAACAGAAGUGCAGAGGACACAAAUAUUGUCUUCUCUCCAAUGAGCAUCUCCGUUGCUCUGGCCUUGAUCCAUCUUGGUGCAAGAAACAACACUGCUGCUCAGAUUGAAAAAGUGCUCCAUGUCAAGAAAGCUGUAGGAAGAAUGAGUCUUGGAUAUGAUCACGAGAGUGCAGCCCCAGAAAUGGAGCCAGAAGGAUGCCUGGAGAGUCAGCCUUCCUUCUCAGAGUGUAACAAGGAGGGAGCCCUUAACCAUAAAGUGUUCCAGGAGCUGCUCUUACAACUACAAAACCUUGGUGAAAAAUAUGUUUUAACCUUGGCCAACAACCUCUUUAUACAACAAGGAUUUGAGCUCCAGCAGCAAUUUCUAAUGUGUAGCAAGGAACUGUAUGGAGCAAUGCUGCAAACAGUGGACUUUCAUGGUGCUGUCGAAGCUGCCAGAAGAAAAAUUAAUGCUUGGGUUGAAAGUGAGACACAAGGUAAAAUCAAGGAACUCUUUGCACCUGGUGUGAUUGAUGGGCAUGCAUUGCUGGUGCUUGUGAAUGUAAUCUACUUCAAAGCAUCCUGGGAACACAAGUUUGAGGAAUCAAAAACAGUGCAGAGGGAUUUUAAACUGAAUCAGAACAGAAAGAAACCUGUGCAGAUGAUGUAUCAGAAAGGCAAAUUUAAACUGGGCUACAUUGAGGAGGUGGCUGCUCAGAUCCUUGAACUCCCUUAUGCUCAGAAGUCGCUGAGCAUGAUCAUCCUGCUGCCAAGUGAUGUGGCUGAUGGAUCUGUAGGCGGGCUGGAGCAGAUUGAAAGCACAAUCACCUCUGAAAAUUUAAUGCUGUGGGCCUCCUCAGAGAACAUGUAUGAGACAACAGUGGAGGUCUACCUGCCCCGAUUCAAGCUGGAAGGCACCUUUAACCUCAAUGAGGUUUUACAAGAGAUGGGGAUGACUGACAUCUUCACUGAGUCCAAAGUUGACCUUUCUGCAAUGACAUUUGCAAAAUCUCUGGUGCUGUCAAACGUUGUCCACAAGGCGUAUGUGGAAGUCAAUGAGGAAGGCACCGUGGCAGCGGCUGGCACUGGAGCUUCCAUUGUCAGGAGGUCUCUGCCUCUCACUGAGGUGUUCAUGGCUAAUCACCCUUUCUUAUUUUUUAUUAGACACAAUCCUACCAAUGCUAUCGUUUUCUUUGGCAAACUCUGUUCACCUUAA